AUUAUGACAUCAGCAUCCAAAGGAAUUCUCCGCCCAUUUUUAAUUGUCUGCAUUAUCCUGGGUUGUUUCAUGGCAUGUCUGCUCAUUUACAUCAAGCCCACCAACAGCUGGAUCUUCAGUCCAAUGGAGUCAGCCAGCUCAGUGCUAAAAAUGAAAAACUUCUUCUCCACCAAAACUGAUUAUUUUAAUGAAACUACUAUCCUGAUUUGGGUGUGGCCAUUUGGGCAGACCUUUGACCUUACAUCUUGCCAAACAAUGUUCAACAUCCAAGGAUGCCAUCUUACCACAGACCGUUCCCUAUACAACAAAUCUCAUGCGGUUCUGAUCCAUCACCGAGAUAUCAGUUGGGAUCUGACUAACUUACCUCAGCAGGCUAGGCCACCCUUCCAGAAAUGGAUUUGGAUGAAUUUGGAAUCACCAACCCACACGCCCCAAAAGAGUGGCAUUGAGCACCUGUUCAACUUGACUCUGACUUACCGCCGUGACUCAGAUAUCCAAGUGCCUUAUGGCUUCUUGACGGUGAGCACAAACCCCUUCGUGUUUGAAGUGCCAAGCAAAGAGAAGUUAGUGUGCUGGGUUGUAAGUAACUGGAAUCCUGAGCAUGCGAGGGUCAAGUAUUACAAUGAGCUGAGCAAAAGCAUUGAAAUCCAUACAUACGGGCAAGCAUUUGGAGAGUAUGUGAAUGAUAAAAAUUUGAUUCCUACCAUAUCUACUUGCAAAUUUUAUCUGUCUUUUGAAAACUCAAUCCACAAAGAUUACAUCACAGAAAAGCUCUACAAUGCUUUUCUAGCCGGCUCUGUCCCUGUUGUUCUGGGGCCGUCUAGGGAAAAUUAUGAGAAUUAUAUUCCAGCAGAUUCAUUCAUUCAUGUGGAAGAUUAUAACUCUCCCAGUGAGCUCGCAAAAUAUCUGAAAGAAGUUGACAAAAACAAUAAGUUAUACCUUAGUUACUUUAACUGGAGGAAGGAUUUCACAGUAAACCUUCCACGAUUUUGGGAAUCACAUGCAUGCUUGGCUUGUGAUCAUGUGAAAAGGCAUCAAGAAUAUAAAUCUGUGGGUAAUUUAGAGAAAUGGUUUUGGAAUUAAAGUUUUCCAUCAUUUGCACACUUGGAGAAAUUAUUUUGAUGAGCUAUCAUCCAAGUUUUGAGGAUAAGAAGAGAGACAACAUUCUGCUUUUGUGUCACAAUUUAUUUUUAUCACUCUCUCUUGGGUAACAUGUAUAUUUUGAUGGAGAUUUUUGAGAGCUCAGCAUUAGCAAUCACUCCCUUUGGUUUUAAAUUAUCCUGUAUAUACCUAAUUAUGUGCACUGAAAGUUAAUUUAUUCUUUGCUACCAUUUGUAAACAUUGUUUUCCACAUUUUGGUAGUUGUUUGUAAUGUAAGUUUGUGAUAUGAUUGUUGUUUCUACAUUGGUCAGCUGUUUAAUCUAUUUGGGAAAUGAAGAUGCACACUUAAAAUAUGAAAUAUUUUCACUAAAUAUCAUAAUUUCUAGUUCCAACUUUGCAUAAUGUAACAAAGGAAAAGCAUUGGUAAUUGAGUUCUAACCUCUUUGACUUUGAAGUGAACAAAGUGUAUAACUGCCUCUAUUUGAUCUAUUUUUUACCUGUUUACCACAUUUUUUGUGAAGGAAAAAUUAUUCAUAUAAUGAAUAAGAAAGAGACUGAAGCAGAACUGUUUUAUUCAGGAAACUAGUAGACUUCUCAUUUAUUUUCAUUAAGCUGUCUUGCAAAUGCAGCUACCUGUUCUCAUGAUCUUAAGUUAAAUUAUUCAAGUAUUUUUACAUAUCCAAUUUGGGGGGACUUUUAGAACCUGGGAAAUAAUCCUGACAACACUUAAGAAUAUCUAAGACAGGGGCGCCUGGGUGGCGCAGUCGGUUAAGCGUCCGACU